AAUCAAAAUGCAGGGGAGAAGAACUGAAAGCUAAGUCAAUGUACAGGAAUGAGCCAAACUGAAAUGUCUCAGGUAGAAGUGUCAGGUGAAACAAUAAUUAUUGUGCUUCCUAGGGUGAGCAUACAGUUUGGUUCUCAAACUGAGGACUAGGGUUGAAGAUCGAGCUGUAUCAACAUAACGUGUGGACUAAAGAUGGAGCCUUUAAAAUGGCCAGUAGCUCCAGACGGAUACAUUCCCAACUCUGUGAUCCGGAGCUGGGGGAUGAAGAAGAAGGUACACAGCCAAACAGAAAGUUCGAAUGAUGUAAUCCUUUCUGACCUGGAAAGCACAACACACAAUGAGGAGGAUUUCAAAACAAGAAUUUUCUGGUUCGACAAAGAGGAGGCAGACGAAGAAGAAAGAACAGCUGAUGUGAUUGGGAAGAGAAAUGAAUUUGUAGAUGAGAAGAAGAGACAAGAGACUAAAUCAGAUAUAAAGAAGGAGAAGGAAGAUGAGAAAGAUCCUCUAAGAAAGCUGGAGGGAAUAAUGAAGAGAGAGGAGGAAAAGGACAGGAUGGAUGAGAGGAGAGAAGGGAAGAUGGUUGGGACUGAUCUCCUGAAAUCUUCCCACAACAUUCAGACAAACACUGGAACAAUAUAUUAUGAAGAAAUGAAGCUUGAAAGGAACAAUGUUAUUUCAAUCAUUGGCCCAGAAAGAAGUUCAAACAUGCAGGGCGAUCUGAUGCUUUGUGUUGAUGCUUCUAACACACAAAGACCCAUGAAUAAUACCAAAUCAUCUAAAAUGGGAUUUUCUAGCUCAACAUUAGGUCACAACACUGGGGAAGAUUUGGACACGAAGCUCUGUGACACCCGCUCACCUCCAUUUCUUUCUGUGACCACGAAACAGAAAACAUCUGCUGUCGUGACUAAAGGACUUGAUAGUACCAUUUAUACACCACUUACACAGCCCCAGGAUUGGACUUGUCAUCCUCAGAUGUCUGAUCCUCCAGUCACUGACCAACCCCAACCAGACUUUGCUCCCAGUGGAGGUUCCCCAGUCAGAGAUAAAGUGUUCCUCCUCUCCAAAGAGAAGAACUUCACAAAGCAAGCAGUGCCUCCUCUUGACCCAAAGGCCUUAAGACUCUUUAGGAAAUACAAAGACACUAUAAAGAAUUCAUCACACUAUUUAAAUACUGGAAAGCUACAUCUGAACACCCACAGGAAUAGGUCUUUUGCUCCUAAAGCCAACCUGUCCAGCUUUCCCAUUCAGCACAACAGGACUAUCCAUCCAGAACCUCCUGAUCGCUGCCUUGACUCAGGGUCACUGGGCCAAUCAGUGCUACCUGAGCACCUGUCAGUACAUCAGAGGGUGGUGCAGAAGAUCCAGAGAAAAGACACUGUGAGUGAAACCUCCACCCUCUUCCAUCACGUGAUCCCAAUGGCUGCUCAAAACAGUUUUGCUACUUUGAGCCUCAGUGGGACAACUCAGUACGGAAUACUGCAGUUUGACUGGAUUAGGGGCCAUGAGGAGGACAAGCUGCUGGACAUUUCUGGAACAAAUACCAAGGAUACUCAUUAUGUUUUGUUUACCAACAGGGCUUUGUGCCAUCCUAAUGUAUUUGUUUAGCAACCAGCCUUCCUAUUGGCUCUAAAUAAAAGAUUUUGCACA